AUGGAUCACAUAGAAGAAAAUCAAGCUGAUACACCAAUGUUUAUUUUCAAUCCAUCGUCGCUCGAUUAUGAUGAUGAAGAGUUUCGAGCUGGAUAUCCAUUUGAUUUAGAUAAAUUAGAUGACCCGGACGAAUUACCGGAAGAAAAGUCAACACAAGAUGACUUGUCAUCAACGAAUGAUGAUAAUGAUGACGAUGACAGCAAUCUUGAUCAGGCAGCUGCUUUAUUGAAUAAUGACUACAACAAAGAAAAAAAGAAUGGUCAGGAAAAAAAGCAAUGCUCGGCAUGUAAACAAGAAGUUGAAAAAAAGUCAUCGAAAAAUGCCGAUCAUGAUAUUAGCUGCGGUGCAGGAGCAAAUCAGAAUGUGAAUAUGACACGUCAUGAAGAAAAAAAUCAACCUGAUAAUCGUCGUGUCACACGAUCCAAUCAAAUGAAAGACAAGCAAGUCAACGAACAACGUUUAACAAAAUAA